UUAGAAGCAGGUGUGUCGAAGUGGAUUUUUCUCCGCCAAAGAUCAGACCUGAGAAAUGUUGCAAAUUGCAGGCUGAAAUAGAAAAUUCUGAGGCUGGUCUUUUAACUAAAGUAAAAGAAAUGUGACUUUAUUCAAAAGAAUUGUUGGGUUUUGCUCCACUUUCUAGCAACUUUUAACAAACUGGUUCUCAGCCUUGAGGACGGCAAACAGAUUUCCCAAAACAAUUUUGUUUUUGACUGGAACACCAGACUUGUUCAGGGACACGAGGAUGCCACGAUAGUGUGAUCCAAUCAUCUGUUGGUUGUACCUGCUUAUUCAUAGUGUUACUGGAAGGCAAACCAGCACGUUUAGCCAGCAGCGCAGUGUUUCUACACGCCCUCGCCUGAAUGCACAGCAUCGAUGUUUCUCUACAUGCUGGUCUUCAUGGCCUAUCACAGCAGCAGAUGGAUACCAUUGAACCAGAGAUUAAAAUUCCAAAUAGUGAAUGCAGUGUUCAUAGUGGUGGUGCUGGCCCCCCAGCUCUACAUCAUGGGGAGGUCAAAAUCCUCAAGAUUCUGCAGGCAACCUCUUCUGAACAACCUGUCGGCCUCUGUUGCCCUGUCCAUCGUUGCUUCAGGUCUUUCAGUGGUAUUCACGCUGCUAGAUCCGGUUCCUCAGGGCUUGUGGGCUGCCUAUCACGUGUUUGGACUUCUGUCAUGCGGCCACGGACUGUGCACCGCCAUCCUGACUCUCACAGCAGCCGCUUGUGCCAAAACUACCACAGAGCUGUACUACCUGUCUGUCGCUCUGACUGUCGCCUCUGCGUUCAGCGCAGGCUUUUUCACGGUGAGAGCAGGACUGUGGUUAACCAACAGGCAGGCGACAAGCAGGAACAACGUGUGAUAAAACAGACCCAGCUGUCCCCGCGCCAUUGACAUUGGAUACGGUUCACUUUAAAGAAUUCAUGAGGGAUCUGAUCCGGCAGCGGACGGAAACUUAAAACCGUCAACAGAGGGACAAAAGAGCAGGCGAGUUAAUCAAGCUCCGGGUUUAAUGCUGGCUGCAGAAAAACAGAUGUGAUGAUUGUUUGAAAUGUAUGCAACAUGCUGUCAAAUAAACUAAAAUGUGCAAUUUACACUGUAAUGUAAACUGUGUUUAUAUGUAUAUGUUGUAAAGCCAAACUGAUUGAAAACAGAUGUGAAAUUUGCAUCACGAUUUCAUGAAUAAAACUGAAAAUCAAAUUGAA